UGUUAAUUUGGAUCCGGUGAAGAGGACGAAUAAAGAGACAAAGACAGACAAGAAGGACUAUGCUGAGCAUGGAGAUGUUCCCUGGUUUGACUCUGGGACCACAAAGGAUUGGAGACUGCUUUUACAGAGAGCGGGAGGCACCUGUGCAUAUACCGCUGUUCCCUCCGGCAUGCGAAGCAGCCGCCAAAGCUCUGCCUCCAAGGCUGCUGGCUCCUCCUCCUGCUCCCGUCUCCAAUGAGGCUGCAACCACAACCCCGAAAGAUGAGGUGAAGAUGGAGCUGGAGAACUCGUCUUUAUGGAAGCAAUUCAGCUCGGUGGGGACAGAGAUGAUCAUCACAAAGAAGGGCAGACGGAUGUUUCCUGGUUUGAAGUUGAAGCUGUCGGGCCUGAAUCCAUCACUCCGUUAUAUCCUCCUCCUGGAUAUUGUUCCCGUUGACAACUCCCGUUAUCGUUUCCAAGGUGGCGGGUGGCAAGCUGUUGGAGCUGCAGAGGCGAGGCUACCAGACCGGGUGUUCAUCCACCCAGAUUCUCCUGCCACAGGUGCCCACUGGCAGAGCCGCACCAUCUCAUUUCACUACGCCAAGCUCACAAACAACACCCUGGACACACAGGGACAUAUCAUCCUACACUCUCUGCAUCGAUACCAGCCCAGAAUUCAUGUGAUAGAAGCCCGGGAUGUACUGAGGUGGGGUGGAGGGCAGCACUCCUUUGUUUUCCCCGAGACCCAGUUUAUCACCGUCACCGCCUACCAGAACAGCAAGAUCACUGAGCUUAAGAUCAACUCCAACCCCUUUGCUAAAGGCUUCCGUGAAGACGGCAUGAACAGCAAAAAACAAAGAGAUGCGAGACAGAAACGCAAAAUUGCCGUCUUGACAGAAACUUUAGAUAUAGUGAACUGUGAUCCAUGCGACUCCACUGAGCUCCUGCAGCAGCCCCCAGUAACCGGUGCAGACCUGCAGGCCCUCGCUCUGGCCUCUCUGCCUGCACUGCCCGAAACCUCCUGUGGGUUCAGACCAGGGGACACCUCCUAUCAGGACACUUUGGUCCCGGAGCAGUCACUGGACCUCGGCCAGGAGUUUAUGGCAUCCCAGAUGUCUGACAUCAGCAUCACAUUGGCCAGUGGCAUACAAGAGCUGCCAGGAAGCGAGAGGGCAAAUAGUAUGAUUGAAAGAUCAGACACAAUGGCUGAGGCAGCCUACACCUCCAGCUUCCCUGCUGCUCAAGCCAGCUCCUCCUCUUUCCCCUGUGCUCCGCUCCCUCAGUCAUCCUCCUCCUUCCCCUCCCAUCCUGCCUCUGACCCCUUGGACAGAUCCGAUCCUCAGCCCUCCAUCCCUCCUAUCAACUAUCCCUCCCUUCUGUCAUCUUCCCCCGCACUCUCUUCCACCUCCAACACUCCCUCGCUGCAGCAGACCUCCUUCACCUUCCCCACUCCGCCCCCUUCCAGCUCUACCUCCCCACAACCACUCCUUUCGUCAUCAUCCUCCCCUUCCUCUUCCUCAAACAACUACCAUGCAGUCCCAGACACCAUCAGCCCCCACACUUCUACUGAUGCCUCUUUUCAUGCCCCGUCGUCCACCACAUGUCCGUCAGAUCUCCAGGACCAAGUAGCUGUUCAUUCUCUGCUCACCCAGUCUGGCCAGCAGCCACAGGCCGGACCUCUCGCCACUGAUUCACCCAGUGAUCAAAGCUCUGCAGCGUUUAUGUAUCAAAAUAUUGUGCCAACAAAUCCCAGCCCCACUCUGAGCACUGCUCAGCCUUUCCCCUGUCAAAACCAACCACCAGCUCCAGUUCUGUCUUGCUCCUUACCCAUGCAUGCUUCUUCCACAUCUUUUGCUCCUCCAUCUAUUCCCCCACAGAUGCAAAAUCUGCCUUUUUCCCAUGUAUCUCCCAGCCCGGCCCACCCUGCCCUCCACCUCCCAAAUCUGACCCACCAAGCUCAAGCUCCUUCACUUGCUCCAGCUACUGCAUUUCCUCCCUCUUCUUUCCCUUACCCACCAUCCACCCUUCCUCAUCCUCCUUUUCAACCCUCCUCUUGCUUGGCUGUUGCUUCUUCUUUCCAGCAGUCCGUCACCCCUGCUGCUACACUGCCGCCAGUACACAAUCCUUGUACAUCAUCUUCUACGCCCUCAUAUCCUGCUGUUGAAAUUGGUGCAGUGCCUCCCUUCAAUCCUGCACCACCUUAUCGUCCAGAGAUGGUACGGCACCAUCCAUCUCUUCUCCCACAGCUGGAUCCUUCACUUCCCCCUUCUGCCCCUAACCCAGCUCUCUACCCCACCUUUAAAUCCUACCCUCUCCGGCUAUGUCAGGACCCUCACCCCUCCCUCUCAAUCCCAUUCAGGCACUUGUACAGGCAACAACAUGGCCACUCACUCUCACAGGGGUCCUACCUGGAAAUGAGCACAAGACAAAUGUUUUGA